UAAGGAGAAAUUUACUGGUUUUACUUUGGAGUAAGUUAAUUUAUAAUUAAAAUAUUAAAAAAAAAUAGUAAAUAAUAAAGUUAAAAACUCUUUCCAAUAGAAUCACUUGCUCUCAGGGAAGAAAGUGUCUCGAGGAAACAUUCAAAGCCGAAGUAUCUGACGUUGACCACGUAUCGGAUAUUGACGACGAUGAAUAUUUUCCACCGAAUGAGGCCGCAGCUUCAGAUUGUGAUGAUACAGAUGAUGAAGAAAGUGAAAAUGGAGAAGAUGGAGAUGAAGAUGAAGAUGAAGAAAGUGAUGUAGCAGCGACGGGGUUAGGAAUGAAAGCAAAAGAUGGUACGCAGUGGGCUGCGACACCAUCAAGUGAGCAUCAAGUUGGAAGGCGUAACAUUGUACGAGAGAGAUGUGGGCCUAAUAGAAACACCAACAUGCUGUCCAUUCUCGACACCUUUAAAUUAUUUUUUACUCCAGAAAUGGCAGAUAUCAUUAUACGCCAUACUAAUAAAAAAGCAAUUUCAACAUAUACAGCGUAUAAUGAAAAAAAUCCGGGCAAAAAACAAUUAGUUUGGAAGAAUCUUGAGCUGCAGGAAUUUUAUGCUUUCUUGGCUAUUUUGAUAACCUCUGGUGCCAACAACUCAAAUACUGACAAUGCAAUGGACAUGUGGCAGACGUAUUCAUAUCCAUUAUAUCGUGCAGCAAUGAGCAUCAAUCGCUUCUGGAACAUCAUUCGCUUUAUUCGGUUUGAUGAUGCCAAUACUCGAGCUCAGCGUAUGGAGACUGAUAAAGCUGCUCCAAUACGAGACAUUUGGACAAUGCUUAAUAGUAAUCUAGCAAAACACUAUAAGCCAACAGAAUGCCUGACAAUCGACGAGCAACUUUAUCCAUACCGUGGUCGAACUAGAUUCACCCAGUAUAUACCGUCGAAGCCAGCAAAGUAUGGAAUCAAAGUAUGGUGGAUAUGUGAUGCUGAAAAUUUGUAUCCACUUACUGGACAGCUUUACACUGGGAAAUCAAGUGAGGGUCGUGAAAAGAACGUUGGUGAGAGAGUUGUCAAAGACUUGGUAGCGCCGUAUAAAGGAUCGGGUAGAAACAUUACUAUGGAUAAUUAUUUUACUACUCUUCCAUUGGCAAAAUCUUUACUAUCGUGGAACUUGACGAUUGUUGGCACUUUGAAGAAAAAUGCUAUGGAUAAAAUUCUUGGUAGAUAUACUACAAAAAGAUCUACUCAAAGAUGGCCUCUAGCAUUUUUUUAUAAUAUUCUCGAUGUCGCCUGCCUUGCAGCAUAUAUUCUGUAUUAUGAGAAUAAUAAAAUGCUUGAUAAAAAAUCGUAUGAGCGGCGAUUAUUUUAUCGGCAAUUGGGCAGAGAACUGUGUACUCCAUUCGUUGAAAAUCGUUCGCAGAAUCCACAAAUUAUGAGGCAUUUCUUAACGAAAGUGGCGAUUGAAUCUUUUCUUGGCCGAGCUAUCAAUCCACAUACGCAACUAACAACACCUGGAUCAUCAAGACCCCAGACACAGCUCGAUUCAACCGGAAGGAAAAAGAUUACUGGUGUAUGUUAUACUUGUCUUCAAAGUGAAUUCAAAAAACGUCGCAAAACGAGAAAAAUAUGUUCAGUAUGUGAGAACCCCAUUUGCGAUGAACAUUGUAUUACAACCACAACAUGUGAAGUGUGUGCGAAAAAAUAAAAUUUACUUUUAUUUUCGUGUAGCAUUGUCUUAUUAUAA